AUGGCAGUGAUAGUUCACUGCAGGUCCAAGCAACAUGAUCUUGGCGCUCGUGCCGUCGGCGCAGGAGCUACCUACAGCUUCACUUUCGGCAAGAACUUGUUUGGCGGGACUCUCUUCUGGUGCAGAGCGGCGUUCCAAGACCGGCGCCUCGCUUUCUUGGCCUUCAAGCAAGACGACGAGGGCAAUGUCUACGUCAUCGACUUCGAGGUAUCCGACGAUGGAGUCGAUCGGGUGAACGGCGAGGAGCGAGUUCAUAUUACUGGCUGGAACUAG